CUGACCGCAAGAGGCCAAUGGAGUGCGGAAGCUGAAAGGGUCUUCGCUGGCGGCCGACAGGGCCUCACUGUGUCACCCAGGCUGGAGUGCAGUCCUCCCGCCUCAGCCUCCCAAGUAGCUGGAUUCCAGGCGCCCACCACCACGCCCAGCUAUUUUUUGUAUUUUUGGUACAGAUGAGAUUUUGCCAUCUUACGCAGAUUGGUCUCGAACUCUUGGCCUCAAGCGAUCUACUCGCCUCAGCUCCCCAAAGUGCUGGGAUUACAGGCAUGAGCCAGUGUGCCCAGCCCAGUUAAUCAUUUUUAAAUGCAUAAAAUGCUAUUUCACAGGAGGGAAGAAGACAGAUAGCCUAUUAAUAAGUUUUAAUUAUUGGCCUAGCCAUGUACUACUCUCACUUGUCUCCUAACAACUCUGGGAAAGAGGACAGUACUGCUUUUAAAGAGACAGUGUUAGGGAUCUUGGAAGCACAGCCAACAUGUGUGACAUUGAAGAAGCCACUAACCAACUCCUAGAUGUGAACCUUCAUGAGAACCAGAAGUCUGUACAAGUGACAGAAAGUGACCUCAGAAGUGAAUCUGAGCUUCUAGUCACUAUUGGAGCCACUGUACCUACCGGCUUUGAGCAAACAGCUGCAGAUGAAGUCAGAGAGAAACUUGGGUCAUCAUGCAAAAUCAGCAGAGACCGUGGCAAGAUAUAUUUUGUCAUUUCAGUGGAAAGUCUGGCACAGGUUUGAAUGGAGCAAUAUUUAAAAUAGUUUCCUAAGUUGAUCAUUUUAUGGUUACUUUUCAUUUUAUAGACCCUUCUGGAAUUCUUUCUGAUGUUCAUUGCUCUGCCCCAAAUCAGGUUCAUUGUCUGAGAUCAGUUGAUAACUUAUUUGUGGUGGUUCAGGAGUUUCAAGAUUACCAGUUCAAACAAACAAAGGAAGAAGUUCUAAAGGAUUUUGAAGACUUGGCUGGAAAACUCCCAUGGUCAAACCCCUUAAAAGUGUGGAAAAUUAAUGCCAGUUUUAAAAAGAAAAAAGCAAAGCGCAAAAAGAUAAAUCAGAAUUCAAGUAAAGAGAAGAUUAAUAAUGGACAAGAAGUCAAAAUCGAUCAGAGAAAUGUUAAAAAAGAGUUCACUAGCCAUGCUUUAGAUUCUCAUAUCUUAGAUUAUUAUGAAAAUCCAGCCAUCAAAGAGGACGUAUCAACAUUAGUAGGUGAUGAUUUGGCAUCUUGCAAAGAUGAGACUGAUGAAAGCUCAAAAGAAGAAACUGAGCCUCAAGUGCUAAAGUUUAGAGUCACAUGCAACAGGGCAGGAGAGAAACAUUGCUUUACCUCAAAUGAGGCUGCAAGAGAUUUUGGGGGUGCUGUUCAAGAUUAUUUUAAGUGGAAGGCCGACAUGACCAACUUUGAUGUGGAGAUUCUUUUGAACAUCCAUGAUAAUGAGGUCAUUGUCGGCAUUGCAUUGACUGAAGAGAGUCUCCACCGAAGAAAUAUAACACAUUUUGGACCUACAACUCUUAGAUCAACUCUUGCCUAUGGGAUGCUCAGGCUCUGUGAUCCUCUACCUUAUGAUAUAAUAGUCGAUCCAAUGUGUGGAACUGGGGCAAUACCAAUAGAGGGGGCCACUGAAUGGUCUGACUGUUUCCAUAUUGCUGGUGAUAAUAAUCCACUGGCUGUGAAUAGAGCAGCAAAUAACAUUGCAUCUUUAUUGACCAAGAGCCAAAUUAAAGAAGGCAAACCAUCCUGGGGCUUGCCCAUAGAUGCUGUUCAGUGGGAUAUCUGCAAUCUGCCAUUGAGAACUGGCUCUGUGGAUAUUAUUGUAACAGAUUUGCCAUUUGGAAAAAGGAUGGGAUCCAAGAAGAGAAACUGGAACCUUUAUCCAGCUUGCCUACGGGAAAUGAGCCGUGUCUGCACACCUACCACAGGCCGAGCUGUACUACUUACUCAAGACACAAAAUGCUUUACCAAGGCGUUAUCUGGAAUGCGACACGUAUGGCGAAAGGUGGAUACAGUCUGGGUGAACGUUGGUGGUCUUCGUGCUGCAGUUUACGUUCUGAUACGUACACCUCAAGCUUUUGUUCAUCCUUCAGAACAAGAUGGAGAAAGAGGAACUCUUUGGUAAUGCAAAGAAUGAAGAUGACUAAUAGUACUUGUACUUCCCACCACUGGAAAUGUUAGCAUAAAAGAACUUGGAGAGAAAAAUAGUAUUAACAGAAGUGCAGUCUGCACUCUAAACCUGUUUAAGGCUCUUCAUCCUGGUUAGCAAAAGGUGUGAAUGUAAUGUGAUGGAAUUUAAAAGUUUUAUGAGACCAGGCACAGUGGCUCACGACUGUAAUUCCAGCAGUUUAGGAAGCCGAAGUGUGCAGAUCACCUGAGGUCAGGAGACCAGCCUGGCCAACAUGGUGAAACCCCAUCUCUACUAGAAAUACAAAAAUUAGCCAGGUGUGGUGGCGGGCGCCUGUAAUCCCAGCUACUCAGGAGGCUGAGGCUAGAGAAUCACUUGAACCCAGCAGGCGGAGGUUGCAGUGAGUCGACAUCACACCAUUGCACUCCAGCCUGUGCGACAAGAGCGAAACUCUGUCUCAAAAAGAUUUUAUAAGAAAGCAGAGCUUUUCCUUGAAGCUCUUUUGAAGUGGUGGUUUAAUUAGUAUUUUGUUGAAAAUAUUUUAAAGAUGCCCAGUGAAAAGCCUACUAAAGUGCUGUGAGAUUGGGGUUUAGAACAUUUUAUUUUCAGGCUUUAUGGCCUAUUUUCCAUUGUGUCAAGUGCAAAACUACCCUGGCCCAAAGGAAGGGCAGAAAACAUAAUUACAUCUUAGGCCACAUUUCAUUGUCUUUGAAGCUUUGCUAAUCCAGUUGCUCAAGUUCUUUACCUCAACCUGAAGGAAUGAAGCAUUAUUACAUUUUGUGAAUGGUGUUCAGCCUGUAAGACGAAGUCUCACAAGACCUAUAGGAAAGUUUACCAUCUGCCUUAAAUAUUAAAAUAUCCAUCUGUUAUUCACAUUAAUACACAGAAUUAAAAUAGAGGUCUAGGAAUUAUCAAAAGUACUGCAAAAAUACUGUUAGUAUAGAACUUUUCUAUUUGUAAAUAGCACAUACAUUGAUAGAUGGGGUAUGGGACCAACAAACCAAAUUAAAUGAAAUUGUUUUUCUUUCAGUACACUAAGGUGUGUGUUUUCAAAACCAAACACAAACCUGUCAGCGUAUUUGUUGGCUAGUUAGGCCUUUUUCUCUUAAAAGGCCAAGAGAAAAAAACUGAUGUAUCUUUGGAAAACUUUUAAUUUGGGAGUUAUGUGGGUUGUUAUUUUCUCCUGGAUCACGAUUCACAUUUAAUUGCUUUUCCAGUUGCAACAAGUCCUUCUUGAGAGUUUUGUGGAAAAUGGUGCUUCCCUGGAACAGAGUAGUUGAUGUUUUUUUGUGGAACUCAUCAUAGUAUUGUUUAUUUUGGAGCCUCUGGCUGCAUUCAGCAUAGAUUUUCAGUAUCCUAUUAGUAUUAUAAUAGUACUCCUCUUAAUACUUUUUGAUGUCUCCAUUGAGAAUAAAAGGACACAAUACUUUUGAAAGAAGAGUUCACAUUAGCAGCACAGUCAGCAAUCCUCAUCUGGUUUCUCUGAUCUCCUACCCCACACUUCAUAAUGAAUGGGAAAUAAGAUGUUUAUGAAGGUUUUAUAUCCUAGACUGGCCUUUUUACCACGAUCAGAAUUCACAGCUGCUUUAUUUAUGGGCCGAACACAAAACUUUUCACCUGAUGGGAGAAACCAUUUAAACCUCAAAUUAAGCAACCCACAGAACCAGGAAGUUCAAGGACCAUGUCUGUUUUCCCCACGAUGUCUUCCCCACCCGCCCCCCCCCAACUAAGGGCAGGGUAUCAUAUCUGCCAGAGUGGGUAUUUGUUGAACAAGCGAGUAUUUUUGCCUAUUAGCUUAGUUUUUAAGGAAAUAAUGUUUGAUUUGAUUCAUCAUAGCUUUAAUCCUAUUAAAUAGUACAAUAAAAAUUUGACAAGACUGA